GAACUUGACGCAGCUCUCGGUCCUGAGGGGUGUGUUCAAAGAUUUAAAUCCCUCGGACAUGCGUAGACGCUGAUCCGUGCUGCUGGGUGCGCCAUAUUGGCUGACUGACAUGGGGAGUGGAGUUGGGCAAACCGCUUGAAAAACCAAACCAGUUUCCAGACAUGAAGCACUUCGAGGAUAACAAGUAAAUCGACGCGGUAGCAUUUAUUUGCUCCCUGGGUUGCAUCGUGUUGUAUCUGCCAAAUUGCACGCCAUUUUCCCGUGAAGAGGUUCUCCGUAAAAACUCGACUCCAAUGGAUCCCAGGACCGCUUGGAUCCAGCCGGAGCAGAAGGGACCUGCCAAUUCCCUGUGGAUGCACAUUUGGGAAACCUCUCAGGGAUUUGGAGCAAACUCCGGCAUCGACAACCACCUUCACCACCAACGCGACUUUGCAGCUCUAAAUGCCAACUCCACGGACUCAAACGGCGAGUAUUGCAAAAAUGUAGCACCGCCACCGGGGGUUGUGUUUGGAAAACUGCCUAAGCGAGACGGCGGCGGCGGCGGCGGAGAGAGGGGAAGUGUCCGGAGGAAGGGCUCGUUGUCGCCGUCCUCCUCCUCCCUGGACUCGGAGGCCGAGAGCUCCUCGCCCUCCGGCUCUUCUCUGCAAAUCGACAAUUUGAACGUCGCAGAAGAGACCAGCCGGUUUUUACACUACGGCGAGCACGAGUUGAACGAGAACAAUCUCAGACGGCAACAUCCCCCUCCGCCUUUCCACACUGUUCAGCAACACUGUCGCAGCAUGCAACAAUCCUUCGGCCACACCCCCGCCGGGAUGAGAAAUCAGCAUGGGAACAAGCACCACCACUAUCAGACACAUUCAUCCGGCCGCAGGAGGCAUCUGAACCGAGCGAACACUUUCCACGGCAUCAACCCGCUCCUGACCUACGGCUGCAAUGGACACUAUGUCGACUCCUCUUGCAGCCUGUGGAAAACCAGACGGUACAGCCCGGGCAUUAACGGUCUUCAUGAAGAAAUUGUGGACUUCUUCAACUUCAUGUCACCGCGACCAGAGGAGGAGGCCAUGAGACGAGAUGUCGUGAACAGGAUAGAAAGCGUCAUCAAGGACUUGUGGCCCACAGCACGGGUGGAGAUAUUUGGCAGCUUCAGCACAGGACUGUAUCUUCCAUCGAGUGACAUUGACCUGGUGGUGUUUGGAAAGUGGGACCAUCCCCCACUACAGGAACUGGAACAAGCCCUGAAGAAACACAAUGUGGCUGGCCCAUAUCCUAUCAAGGUCCUCGACAAAGCUACAGUGCCAAUCAUCAAGCUCACUGAUCACGAAACGGAGCUGAAAGUGGACAUCAGCUUCAAUGUAGAGACCGCUGUUAAAGCAGCACAGUUCAUCAAAAGCUAUCUUAAGAAGUACACUGUGCUGCCACCCCUGAUUUUUGUCCUGAAGCAGUUCUUACUGCAGAGGGAUCUGAAUGAAGUCUUCACUGGAGGAAUCAGCUCUUACAGCCUUAUACUAAUGGCCAUCAGCUUUCUGCAGUUACACCCUCGGAUCGACACGCGGCGUACUAACAUCAACUUGGGCAUCCUGCUGAUCGAGUUCUUUGAGCUGUAUGGCCGUGAUUUCAACUACAUGAGGACUGGCAUCAGGGUGAAGAAUGGAGGGGCUUACCUGUCUAAGGAGGACAUGCUCAAAGCCAUGGGGAAUGGAAACAGGCCAUCCAUGCUCUGCAUUGAAGAUCCAAUACAGCCAGGGAAUGACGUGGGCAGGAGUUCAUAUGGCGUCCUGCAAGUCAAGCAGGUGUUUGACUUUGCUUACAUGGUGCUGAGUCACGGUGUGUCUCCUCUUGCACGUGCUUACCCCAACAAAGAGUAUGACAGUACUUUAGGACGCAUCAUCAAAGUCAGCCCGGAGGUUUUGGCCUACAGGGACUGGACAAUCAAAAAGUGGGGAGCCAAGCAGUAUGCCAAGCUGGAGAACCAUGAUGUAGAGACCUGUGAGCAAGACCUUGCCAGGCUGAUGCUGGUGUCUGUGGAGGAUCAGAGAGACACUUCCUCCCCUCUCAGUGCUGACUCCCCCUCACCUUCUCCAGUCUUCCUCCCCAGCCCUCAACACCAUUCGUCAUCAUCAGCAUGCUCGCUCUCCUCCUCCUCCUCCGGAAGUGACAUAGAGUCUGAUUCUCCCCCAAGCAGUAAUGCUGCUAUACAACUACACCCCCUCACACUGGCCUCAGUCCAUUCAGUAGUCCAGAUGGCUACUCAUCCAAGGGCCACACAUCCAGGGGCAUUUAUCCACACCACGCCUCAGGUCCAGAUGUCUCUCACAGAAAACCUUACCAUCCCCUCCCUCUCUGAUUGCCAGUUCUACCACGAGAAUCCACCUUCAAUCGGUCUUGUGCACCGUCACAUGUCACAAGUUGCACAAGUUGCACAAGUCUCCCAGCACACUAACUCCACAAGCCCUCUGCCCAGCCCCCUACACCAGCUCCACCAUCCUCAGGUAGGAGGGCAGCCAGGCCACACUUACACCAUGAGAUCCAACUCCCAUGGCUCACUUGAGCCACACAAAGUUGGCUUCAAGCACAACCACGGUGGCGGCCUCCGAGGUCCGAACCACUGUCAAGGUAACUUCAGUCCCCAGCGGCGUUUUGUUCCCCAGGGUCAUAACACAGCACCAGGUUUCAGGAACCAGCAGCAGUACAACCGUAACACCUGGCGGCGCAGAAAGAGAGACAAUCUUCCUGCUCUUAACCAGAGCAGAUGAAAGACUGAACCUGUAUGACUCUACUUGACUGGCAUUGAUGUUUUGAAGGCCUCACUUGGCCCAUCAUGAGUCUUGGUGUUGAGAAGCUGUGAAUCAUACACUUUUUCUGU